AUGAAGUGUAAGCUAAUUCCAAAAAUCACAGGAGGUUCUGGAUUAGAAGAUAUCAAGGAGGUUGAAAUUAGUGAAAAAUCUAAAAUUCUUAGACAAUCCACAAGUUCCGAAGGUGAAAGAGAUCUUUUAGAAAAAGCUUAUUAUUCUCCUAAAACAGGAUUUUGUGGUAUCGAUGAGUUAGCAAGAAUAACAAAGGUGUCACAGAAAAAGGUUAAAGAGUUCCUGAAUGAACAAGAUGUUUACACUCUACACAAACCAGCUAGGAAGAACUUCAAGAGUCAAAGAGUUUACUUUAAUGGUAUAGAUGAUCAAUGGCAAUCAGAUCUUGUAGAAAUGAUUCCCUACUCAGAAGAAAACAAAGACUUUAAAUAUCUUUUAACUAUCAUUGAUUGCUUUUCAAAGUUUGCUUGGGUAGUACCUCUGAAGACUAAAAGUGGUAAGGAAACUACAGAAGCUCUUGAAAAAAUUUUCAUUCAGAGUGGUAGACAACCAAAGAAGAUGCAAACUGAUAAUGGAAAAGAGUAUUACAAUUCCAAUUUAAAAAAACUCUCUUCAAAAAAAUUAGAAAUUAUUCAUUUUUUUCAACCUAUUCAGAUAAGAAAAGCUUCUAUUAUCGAAAGGUUUAAUAGAACCUUAAAAGAAAAGAUGUGGAAAAUGUUUACUCAUCAAGGAAAUCAUAAAUGGGUUGAUAUUCUUGAUGAUUUACUCUGGGGUUAUAAUAAUCAUUAUCACACUUCAAUAAAAAUGACUCCCACGCAGGCUUCAAAAAUAGAAAAUGAAUCAAUAGUUUACAAUAACUUAUUUCCACCAAGAAAAGAAGAAAAGACUCAAAUAAGUCCAAAAUUCAAAAUAGGUGACACUGUUAGAAUUACAAAGUAUAAAGUUAUUUUUGAUAAAGGUUAUCUUCCGAAUUGGACGACUGAGAUGUUCAAAAUUGCAAAAGUUCCUAUUGGUGAACCUGUGAUGUACGAACUAAAAGAUCUUGCAGAUGAAGAAAUCAAAGGAAAGUUUUAUGAACAAGAACUCACACUUUACAAUAAUAUCAAUGAAGAGUAUAAAGUUGAAAAAGUGAUAAAACAUAGAAAAUCUAAAGGAGUAAAAGAAGUGUUUGUUAAAGGCAUAGGGGCAGUAAAAAACGGUGUUUCAUUUUAAAGCAGUACUUUGUAGAGUUUUUCACUGCGAAUCGAACGGUAAACUUGGAAACGUACAGAAGUUCAUAGUUUUGGAGAAAAAAUAAUUCAAAGUCGGAGAGAGGAAAGUUCGAGUUCCCGCAAAAAGGGCACUUUGCAGUAAAGUUGCUCUAUGGACAACAGGCUUUCCCAUCUUCCGGAUUUUCGCUUUUUUCUUCGUCUCUUUCAAUUUUCAAUUUUUUCUGUUGUCACCAAAGUUCUUUUCGUCACGAAAGCUUUCUAUUCAUGUAUAAUUUGCAAACUUUGAUCGCAAAAAUGCGUUUUUCGUGAAAAAUGAUGAUUUUACACAGGUUUCGAUUGGGAUAGCGAUUAUUUGUGUUUCCUUUAUUAUCGGUGUGUGUUUUUUGUUUGACUAAACGAUUUUUCAGAAAAGAAACCCUUAAUUUGAAGCAGAGAGCCGGUUAUUUCUCACAAAAUGCGAGUCUAAUGAGACGUCCGCAACAUCGCGUGCACGGCUACUGUAAACAUUUGUCCGUAGGCCGAUCCAAAGCUUUUUUCAAAAAUAAAGGCGGGAAAGUAAAAUCGCGUUUUUCUUCUAAAGUUGUCACAUCUUUAAUUGUUUUGAGUACACCAUUCGAUUAGCAAAGAAAAACUAUAUAAGAUACUGCUUUCACCUGAAACCCCAUUUUUUACUGCCCCUAUGCCUUUAAGUGGUAUGGAUAUAUCCGGAGAAAUUUAACUCUUGGAUAAAGGAAACGAAUUUAAAUUUCACAAGUGAAUCCGAAGGAGAUCCUUUAAAGACCUAAGCAUUUUAUACUCAAUUAUUAAAAUCAUGAAGUUUGAUUUAUCAAAUACUGACAACCUUAACUCUAUUAUCCUUGACUUCAACAAUAUUUUCUGAAAGAAUCAGACAGUAACAUUUAGUACUUUGAGCAAUGUUUUUAGCGAAGCUGGCUUUUAUUGUGACAUCAGGUCGAGAUGCAAUAAUUCUAUCAUUCUGUUUAGAUACAUCAAAUACUAAUAAAGGAUAAUAAUAAUAGUAAACAUCCUCUUCCAUAAAAAUAUAAUCUUUGACACUUUCAUAAUAACUAUUCCUAAAUUCUUUAGCAAAAUUGUAUUGUUGAACUGCAUUAAAUUUAUCAAAGUCAAACUUCAGACAUUCGUAUGGAUAUCUUUCACUAUUCAAUUCAACAUAGAUUUCUUCAAGUCCACAAUUAUCAAAUUCAGCAGCAUUGAGAUAAUUGUUAUCUCUUGCAGUCUGAAAAGAGAGAACAAUAUAUUUAAUUUUGUCAUAUUUAGUUCCAAGUUUCCAAGUAAAUUCACGAUUACCAUUAGGAAUAUUAUAACUCUCAAAUUGUCUAGAAAUAAAAGGCAUUUGAACUAAUUUAUUACUACCUCAACAUUUUCGUUUUUUUUUUCAAUGAUUCCGAUAGACUACAGCCAGUUUUCAGGCCUUGGUAUGUGACAAAGGUUACCGUGUAUCGGCCAUUCGCCGCACGAAAACCUACUACAGCACUCUGGGAACGCUUACUGUAGAGUGCGAACAAAUUGCGCUUCCCGAGUCGACAACCUGCGCUCCACAGGCAAACGUCCCCAAGUGCACGGGGCUACUUGAAGGUUUUUUUUUUUGGUUUUUUUAGCUUUUUAAAAAGUUCUUAGAAUCAUUUUUUAAUGAGAAAAUAGCGGGAUACAUUAAAUUUUUUACAGGUUGUUCUGGCGACAGUUGGCUUGGCGGUUUUCACGCAUUUCAACUGGAAAAUGCGACGCAGGCGACAGUGUUAGUGUAGAUUCAGUUGAAAAUUUUUAUGAAAUUUUUAAUGUUCGCUCAGAAGUCUGUAGCCAGGAAAGUUGAAUUUGGAAACAAUUUGGGUCAAAUUGAAGAAAAUUAGGAAACAAUUGUUUUCAAUACUAAUCGAGUUGAUUUCAACAGACUCGACCCGAUCUGCUGCACUUCUCCUUCGGUUUCAGUAGACUCGUCUUCUUGCAUCAACGACCAACUGAACACGGGAACCCAGGAUUUUGCUCACUCCAUUGUCGCAGAUUUGGUAAUAAUCUCAUCAACAUGAAAAUAUCAAGAUAAUGAACAAAAAACGAAAAGUAUUAAUUUUUUUGUGCUGAGAAAUUUCCUGUUAUCGAGAUUCAAAUUUUUUUUCGAUAAUUUUUAUAACUAAAAAAGAUGCAACCAAGUUGAACUGAAAAGUAUGGAAGUACAUGUAUUGAUGAACACUCCGGCUUUCACUUCUAUUUCAGCUCUCAAAAAAAGUUGUUUAUUUGAGGUUUACCGAGGCUGGCAGUGCUGGCAUCAGUACGACGGCAACAGAACUCUCGUCGAUUUGCUGUGGAAAACGGAGAUCUGUCCAUUCGUUUCGAGGGAAUUUCCCGUGAUCACCAGAUCGAGUUCGUCUUUUCUCUUGCUUUCAAUCACAUUAUUCAUUUUGCAGCCGAUUGUGAGGAGUGCAGUUGUGCCUGCGGAGUGGAACAGUGCUCAAACGGCGUGGAGCCCGUCAGGGUGAUCCAUCGAAAGCUUCUUUUCCCGUGUGGUUGCGACUGUUCCUGUACUUUCAAAUGUCUAACACCUUGA